CAUCACAGUUCCUGUGGAUGAGACGUCACGACGCAGAUUCGCGCCUGCGCCAUGUGAUUGGUACGAAGCCCAGGCGGCUGAUCGGUAGUAUGGAAACCUCGUGCUGUGUGUGUAAGGCGGAGAGUGUAAAGUACCGCUGUCCCCGGUGCCGGGUUCGCUAUUGUUCCUUAACUUGUUGCAAGACACAUAAAGAGACAUGUGUUCCAAAAGAAGCCACAACAUCUACAGAAGCUUCAUUCUUGGCAAGAGGUGAACCACAUCAGACUAAAGCUGGUGAUUUAACGGAAGAUGAUGACUCUGAUAAAGUCUCCCUACAAAAGCUGAAAAUGUUGGACGAGUCAGAUGAGUUGAAGCAUUUAUUACUCAAUCCACAUCUCCAACGACUGAUAUCAGCACUUGACCAGGCUGAGAACAAAGAUCAGGAAUUGAAAAAAUAUAUGCAAGAACCAUUGUUUGUAGAAUUUGCAGACAAAUGCCUUUUCAUCGUAGACACAGAGGAGAAAGAAAAUAUUUUUAAGAUCUGACGGCAGUAUGUGUAUAAAAUAAAGGGAAUCUAGACUGUCCUGUAACUGUUAUACUGCUGUAUUGUACCAGGAAAAAAGGGCUGAAGACAACAUAUUGCCAUGUUUCGGUUCUGCUUUGUUUCCUGGGAUUUAACAGGGUUGAGUUAUUGCCAAUACUGUUCUUGUGUAAGAAAUGUUUUCCUAAACCCAUCAAUGCUCUUCUCUAACACCCUCUACUUGUAGGCGCUAGAUGCUGCUGAUGGCCUGUGAAGUUCUAAAAUUGGCAAGUGCUCCUAUUUCAAUGCAGACUGUCAAUUAUAUUCAUAGAUCUGUCAGUGUUAGACAGGAACAUGGUUACAGUUUUGACAAUUCAGGCACUCAAUUUUGGUAGCUUUUGCCUUGUUUAAACUUGUGGUUGGAGGGUGGUACAAAUGCCCAGUUGAGCCGCAGGCAGCAGACGGGGGUGUUUACCGCAGACCCAAUGCUUCCUUUUGCAAAGUUGACCCAACUUGUAGUGCUUGGUGCACACUAAACGCUACACAUUGAAAUCAGUGGGGAAGCAUUGCAACUGCAUGCAAUGGACAAGAAUGGGGCAUGUUUGGCACAAAUGAGAUAAGGUGGCAUUGCUGGUACAUCGAUCUCUCCGCUGAGCUAUUGUGUUCUGACAGGGGGGCAGCCCCGCCCAGCAGAACACACCGGUCAGUCAUCGGCUGAUCGAUUGACCUUUUUCGGUCAUGCCCCUUUGUCAGAAACCGGGCAGUCGGCAGACUUCUGUCAACCAAUCAAUAUUCAGCCCGUGUGUACGAGGCUUUAGGAACAAGUUGCAACUUCCCUUUAAACUUACAGCUGCAUUAGAUAUUCCUGAAAUCAUUUGAAGCCCAUGGAUUCUCUGCAGGCCAGAGAUCAUUUUGUCUUGUGGACUAUAGCUAUGUUUAUAUACAGUAUAUGUUUUUCUGGAUAUGGUGGUGCUAUCCACAGUCUAUAAAGUUGCAUUUAAACUGAAUAAAAUUGUGUUUUACUUGCA